AUGGAAAUUGAUGAUGACAAUGCAGGUUCAACUUCCGCUAAAAAUGAUGAUAACACAACUUCAAUUUCAACAUCCUCUGCUUCUCAUACAUCAAAUAUUUCUUUACUUAAUCAACCAAAUAGUGAUUUGACUUCAAAUACUUCAAAUGAUAUGAUGAUGUUAAGUAAGCUACAAAAUUUGGAACAAAAAAACCCGAAGCUUCUCAAAGAAUUAGAUGAGUCCGAAACUUAUGUAGCAAAGUUAUUUAAGGACAAUCAACGUUUGGAACAAGAAGUCGACCUUGGAAAAAAUCAAAAUAAAGAUUAUAUUAAAACAAUAAAUGAAUUACACCAGAAAUUAUCAGAAAGUAAAUAUAAUGAAGUACAACAAACGAUGAAUUUACAAGCAUUACAAAAGAAAUACAAAGAUUUACAACAAAAAUACAAUAAUGAAUUGCAAGAAUUACAACAAAAUUAUAAUGAUAAAGAGCAAGGAUUACAACAAAAAUACAAUAAUGAAUUGCAAGGAUUACAACAAAAAUACAAUAAUGAAUUGCAAGGAUUACAACAAAACUAUAAUGAUAAAGAGCAAGGAUUACAACAAAAAUACAAUAAUGAAUUGCAAGGAUUACAACAUAAAUACAAUAAUGAAUUGCAAGGAUUACAACAAAAAUACAAUAAUAAUUUGCAAGGAUUACAAAGAAAAUGCAAAGAUAAAGACGCACAAUUGCAAAAAUUACAGCAACAAUACAAUAAUAAAGUGAUUGAGUUACAAGAAUUGUUUAACGAUCAAACUAAGGCUCUACUAGAAUCAAAUCAAGUAAAAGAUCAUUUUGAAAAAUGUUGUAAUGAAUUAAAACAGCAUUUAGAAGAAAAAGAAACUCGAAUUAAAUCAUUAAAACAAAGGAACGGUGAACUUGAGAACGAAGCAGCAAAAUAUCAAUCCGCUCUUGGAGUUGUAAAAAACUUUAGAAUGAGCGAUGAUGAUAAAAAUCAUAAUGUUCAACUUAACCAAGAUAUUUUAUCAUUACAAGACAAAAUUGAUGAUUACGUAACAAAUUUAGUAAAAUCCAAAGUUGACGUUAAAAUUGAAAAAAUUACGACGAAUCUUGUACCACGAUAUGAAUGUCAAACCAAGAUCGACUUGAAAAAACCCGAUAAGCUAUUUAUUAAGGCUGUAUUGCAACGUUACGUGUUAGACAGAAUUUUGGAGUUUGCUGAAAAUUACUUUGAUAAAUCGAAUGAUAGAUCAAUUGAUUCUCGUUAUCUUGAAUCGGAUAUCGUUAAAAAAACGAAUGAAUUACAUGAAGUAAUGGAAACGCUUGCUAGUACUCGUGACGGAACUGAUGAAGUAACAAGAGUCACCCCUAUAAAAUUACGCCAACUAAUAUAUUCUGCUCUUGGGAUGAGAGGUCUUGGAGAUUUAAUUGAUUCAGGUCAUUCAUUUAUACAUAUAUCUAUCCAAAAGUAUUCGGAACAACUUAAUACCUCAAUGAACAAAUAUCGUGUUGUAAAAGAUCCUAAAAAGAAAGAAUAUAUUGAUGGAUUAGCUAAAACUCUUAUUCGAGAGAUUUUUCGAAUUUUUUACUUUCGUUUAAAAGUUCAAGAACCAAUUGCUCAAUAUUAUUGGUUUAAAUGUGGCGAUAAAGUUAGUAAAAUUUCAAUGAAAUUAAGUUGUGAAGACGAUGAAAUCGAUGAUCUGGUGGUUGAUUUAUGUACUUUUCCAAUUAUCGGGCAAGGUAUAAAUUUGAACAAAAUAAGCCAAAUAUUUACUCCCGCAAAAGUUUUCGCGCGCCAUGUUCCUAAAUCAAGUUUUACGACUAGACUCAAGAAUAUGAUUUCCGGAGAUGGGAAACCAAAAUCAUCAGUUAAACCAAAUGAUAGUUCUCCCGAGCAAUCCACAACUCACAUCCGAACGAAAACAAAUUAUUAUGAUUCACAAGAUGAGAAAUCAAAAUCAUCAGUUAAUGAUAGUUCUCCCGAGCAAUUCACGACUCACACCCGAACGAAAACAGAGUAUUAUGAUUUACAAGAUGAGAAAUCAAUAUCAUCAGUUAAUGAUAGUUCUCCCGAGCAAUUCACGACUCACACCCGAACGAAAACAGAUUAUUACGAUUCACAAGAUGAGAAAUCAAAAUCAUCAGUUAAUGAUAGUUCUCCCGAGCAAUUCACGACUCACACCCGAACGAAAAUAGAUUAUUAUGAUUCACAAGAUGAGAAAUCAAAAUCAUCAGUUAAUGAUAGUUCUACCGAGCAAUUCACGACUCACACCCGAACGAAAACAAAUUAUUAUGAUUCACAAGAUGGAAAAUCAAAAUUAUCGAACAACAAUUCAAAUGAUAAUUCCGCCGAGAAAAAGGAACAAACUCCAGAUAUUAGUACUAAAGAAAGUGAAAAAAAAUCAAGUACACAAGAAAAUGCAAAACUUUAUAGCGAACUUGAUACAAACUUAAGUGUUGGAAGUGAUACAAUCGUAAGAGGCAAAGGAGAAACAAUCGUAAAAAGCGGAAGGGAUACAAAAGAAAGGGACGAAAAUGAUACAAACGAAAGAGAUGAAAGUCGUACAAACGAAAGAGGUGUAAGUCGUACAAACGAAAAAGAUGGAAAUGAUAUAAACGAAAGAAGUGGAAAUUGUACAAGUGAAAGAGAUGAAAGUGAUAAAAUAGGUGGAAAUUAUACUAACGAAAAAAGUGAAAAUGAAACGAACGAAAAAUAUGAAAGUGGCAAAAACGAUAAUGAUAAAAAAGAUGAAAGUGGUACAAGUGAAAGAUGCGAAAAUCUUACACAAGGAGGUGGUGGAAAUCAUACGAGUGAAAUGGACAGAAAUUAUAUACAAGGAAGAGAUGAAAAUCAUACGAGUAAAAGGGACGGAAAGUAUACACAGGGAGGAGAUGGAAAUCAUAUGAGUGAAAGGGACGGGAAUUAUACACAAAGAAGAGAUACACAAGGAGGUGGUGGAAAUAAUACGAAUGAAAUGGACAAAAAUUAUACACAAAGAGAUGGAAAUCAUACGAUUGAAAGGGACGGGAAUUAUACACAAAGAGUUACACAAGGAGGUGGUGGAAAUAAUACGAAUGAAAUGGACAAAAAUUAUACACAAAGAGAUGGAAAUCAUACGAGUGAAAGGGACGGAAAUUAUACACAAGGAAGAGAUGGAAAUCAUACGAGUGAAAGGGACGGAAAUUUUACACAAGGAAGUGGAAGUCAUACAUUCGAAAGGGACGGAAAUUAUACACAACGAAGAGAUGGAAAUCAUACGAGUGAAAGGGACGGAAAUUUUACACAAGUAAGUGGAAGUGAUGCAUUCGAAAGGGAUGGUUAUACACAAGGAAGUGGAAGUCAUACAUUCGAAAGGGACGGAAAUAAUUAUACACAAGAAAGAAGUGGAAGUCAUACAAGUGAAAGGGACGGAAAUUAUACACAAAGAAGUGUAAUUCAUACAUUCGAAAGAGACGGAAAUUUUUAUAUACAAGGAAGAAGUGGAAAUGCUACAAGCGAAAGAAGCAGUACAUACAAAAGAGGUGGAGUUGAUACAAACGAUAUAGACGGAAACGGUUCAAAAAAACGGCAAUUUAUUUAG